GUUGCUUCUGCCCCGCCCCCAUCGACGCAAUCUCCACCAAUCAAUGGCGUGGUCGUUUUGAGGGACAAGUGGUAAGAGCCAAUCAUCUUGGCGAAAACUCGGAGAAACAGGAGACUAGUUACUGUCUUUAUCCGCCAUGUUAGAUUCACCCCACAGGGAUAGCGGCAGAGCCGGCAGCGGACGGUCCUUGCAUUGGCCUCCGGCAGGCGCCCCCCGGGGGCGGGAAGCUGGUAAGGAAGCAGCUGCGGUUACCUAGGGGUGGGGUCACGUCACGCUAAGAGGGUUUGGGGAAGUUCAAGGGAGGAAUCCUGCAAAGAAGAGGGGCGACUUUUUCCGUGUUUCGGGACAGCUGAUCUUUUUAGUGACAGAAUGAGAGAGCCCUUCAUGUUCAGAGGGACCGAGUUGGCGAGAAGCGCCGGAGAGUUGGAGAGUCUGUGGGUCAGAACAUCCGGCUUCUACUGAUGGAAGGCCACGACUCCCCAGUGGAAUGAGGGCCUAGGCAAAGAAAAUGAGAGAGCCCUCGGGGUAGUGACACUGUCUUGGGAACAUGGAGUGCUAGGAAACGAAAACUGGAAGACUAGGAUGAACUCUGCAAGUAAAAAAAUGACACUACUUACACAUCCUUCUCAUCCCAUCCUCGUUUUUUCGAGACCUUAAAGAGAUCUCCUUGGUUAGGGACCUUCGGUUUUGGAAAGGCACUGUUUUUCCUUUUUGUCAAACACUCAGCUUUCAGGCCACACUUUUUUGAGACAGAGUCUUGCUUUCUCAAAGACCAACCCAGGCUGGGCUUGAACUCCUGAGCUCAAGCGAUCCUCGUGCCUUGGCCUCCCAAAGUGCUGGGAUUACAGGUAUAAGCCACCGCUCCCGGCCUCAGGUCACACAUUUUAAAGCCUGGAUAACUUGGCUUGUAAAGGCCUCUGGUGGAGACAGUAAUCAAAGCUCAGGUUGCCAGGUCUGUUUCAUUAAAGGGAUUUUGUUGAGGCUGAAAAAAAAAUCGACGUGGAGGAAAAGCUAACUUGUGCCAAGCAAAGCCUCACAGCAUGGAACCACAGGUUACUCUAAAUGUGACUUUUAAAAAUGAAAUUCAAAGCUUUCUGGUUUCUGAUCCAGAAAAUACAACUUGGGCUGAUAUCGAAGCUAUGGUAAAAGUUUCAUUUGAUCUGAAUACUAUUCAAAUAAAAUACCUGGAUGAGGAAAAUGAAGAGGUAAAAUAUAUUAUGGCACUUAUUGCUAGAUGGCAGUUAAACAGGGAAACCAACUGCAGAUGCAAGUCCAUGAAGGGCACCAUGUCGUUGAUGAAGCCCCACCCCCAGUUGUAGGAGCAAAACGACUAGCUGCCAGGGCAGGGAAGAAGCCACUUGCACAUUACUCUUCACUGGUGAGAGUCUUGGGAUCAGACAUGAAGACCCCAGAGGAUCCUGCAGUGCAGUCGUUUCCACUUGUUCCAUGUGACACAGACCAGCCUCAAGACAAGCCCCCAGACUGGUUCACAAGCUACCUGGAGACGUUCAGAGAACAAGUGGUUAACGAAACGGUUGAGAAGCUUGAACAGAAAUUACAUGAAAAGCUUGUCCUCCAGAACCCAUCCUUGGGUUCUUGUCCCUCAGAAGUCUCAAUGCCUACUUCAGAAGAAACAUUGUUUUUGCCAGAAAACCAGUUCAGCUGGCAUAUUGCUUGCAACAACUGCCAAAGAAGGAUUGUUGGUGUCCGCUACCAGUGUAGCCUAUGCCCAUCCUACAAUAUCUGUGAAGAUUGUGAAGCAGGGCCAUAUGGCCAUGACACUAACCACGUCCUGCUGAAGUUGCGGAGACCUGUUGUGGGCUCCUCUGAACCGUUCUGUCACUCAAAGUACUCUACUCCUCGUCUUCCUGCUGCUCUGGAACAAGUCAGGCUCCAGAAACAGGUUGAUAAGAACUUUCUUAAAGCAGAAAAGCAAAGGUUGCGAGCUGAGAAGAAACAACGUAAAGCAGAGGUCAAGGAACUUAAAAAGCAGCUUAAACUCCAUAGGAAAAUUCACCUGUGGAAUUCAAUCCAUGGACUCCAGAGCCCCAAGUCUCCUUUAGGCCGACCUGAGAGCUUGCUCCAGUCUAAUACCCUGAUGCUCCCUUUGCAGCCCUGUACCUCCGUUAUGCCAAUGCUCAGUGCAGCAUUUGUGGAUGAGAAUUUGCCUGAUGGGACUCACCUUCAGCCAGGAACCAAGUUUAUCAAACACUGGAGGAUGAAAAAUACAGGAAAUGUAAAGUGGAGUGCAGACACAAAGCUCAAGUUCAUGUGGGGAAACCUGACUUUGGCUUCCACAGAAAAGAAGGAUGUUUUGGUUCCCUGCCUCAAGGCCGGCCAUGUGGGAGUUGUAUCUGUGGAGUUCAUUGCCCCAGCCUUGGAGGGAACGUAUACUUCCCAUUGGCGUCUUUCUCACAAAGGCCAGCAAUUUGGGCCUCGGGUCUGGUGCAGUAUCAUAGUAGAUCCUUUCCCCUCUGAAGAGAGCCCUGAUAACAUUGAAAAGGGCAUGAUCAGCUCAAGCAAAACUGAUGAUCUCACCUGCCAGCAAGAGGAAACUUUUCUUCUGGCUAAAGAAGAAAGACAGCUUGGUGAAGUGACUGAGCAGACAGAAGGGACAGCAGCCUGCAUCCCACAGAAGGCAAAAAAUGUUGCCAGUGAGAGGGAGCUCUACAUCCCAUCUGUGGAUCUUCUGACUGCCCAGGACCUGCUGUCCUUUGAGCUGUUGGAUAUAAACAUUGUUCAAGAGUUGGAGAGAGUGCCCCACAACACCCCUGUGGAUAUGACUCCCUGCAUGUCUCCUCUGCCACAUGACAGUCCUUUAAUAGAGAAGCCAGGCUUGGGGCAGAUAGAGGAAGAGAAUGAAGGGGCAGGAUUUAAAGCACUUCCUGAUUCUAUGGUGUCAGUAAAGAGGAAGGCUGAGAACAUUGCUUCUGUGGAGGAAGCAGAAGAAGACCUGAGUGGGACCCAGUUUGUGUGUGAGACAGUAAUCCGAUCCCUUACCUUGGAUGCUGCCCCAGACCACAACCCUCCUUGCAGACAGAAGUCCUUGCAGAUGACAUUUGCCUUGCCUGAAGGACCACUUGGAAAUGAGAGGGAGGAGAUUAUCCAUAUCGCAGAGGAAGAAGCUGUCAUGGAGGAAGAGGAGGAUGAGGAGGAUGAGGAGGAGGAGGAGGAUGAGCUCAAAGAUGAAGUUCAAAGUCAGUCCUCUGCUUCCUCAGAGGAUUACAUCAUCAUCCUGCCUGAGUGCUUUGAUACCAGCCGCCCCCUGGGGGAUUCUAUGUACAGCUCUGCGCUCUCACAGCCAGGCCUGGAGCGAGGUGCUGAAGGCGAGCCUGGGGUUGAGGCUGGGCAGGAACCAGCUGAGGCUGGGGAGAGACUCCCUGGAGGGGAGAACCAGCCACAGGAGCACAGCAUAAGUGACAUCCUCACGACCUCACAGACUCUGGAAACAGUGCCCCUAAUCCCAGAGGUAGUGGAGCUUCCACCGUCACUGCCCAGGAGCUCUCCUUGUGUACAUCAUCAUGGUUCCCCAGGAGUGGAUUUACCAGUUACCAUACCAGAAGUUUCUUCAGUCCCUGAUCAGAUCAGAGGAGAGCCCAGAGGCUCAUCAGGACUUGUAAACAGCAGACAGAAGAGCUAUGACCACUCAAGGCACCAUCAUGGGAGCAGCAUUGCUGGAGGACUGGUGAAGGGGGCUUUGUCUGUUGCUGCCUCUGCAUACAAGGCCCUGUUUGCUGGGCCACCAGUCACUGCACAGAGAGAAGCUAUUCCAGGUGUUGGCACUAUGGCAUGAAUAAAACACCAGUUCUUGGCCAGCCAAUAGUUUCUGAAGAUCAGACAGCAGCCCUGAUGGCCCAUCUCUUUGAAAUGGGAUUCUGUGACAGGCAGCUGAACCUACGGCUGCUGAAGAAACACAAUUACAAUAUCCUGCAGGUUGUGACAGAACUUCUUCAGUUAAACAACAACGACUGGUACAGCCAACGCUAUUGAGGAGUGACCUUGUAUUAAAUAACUGCCUGCUGCUCAGAGAUGAUCUUUAUUCUGUCAUUGGGGUAUGGGAUAGAAGCCCUUGCUUAUUUUUAAUCUGAUGAAUCUGUAUAGAGCCCAUCGUUGAGUUACCAAGACAAUACCUGUUACAGUAUUUUGGGGAGCAAACUAAAGACCAGAACUUAAAUUUUCACUUUAGACAUCGGAUGAAUAGUAUGAAGACAGUUUUUCAGUUGAUUUGGAUAAAACUAUUUUAGUGCAUUGACAAGUGUAACUUCAACUUCAUAUAGAACCAUUUUUCUUUCUGCUUUUAUUGAAACUGAGUAUUUUUCUUUGGUUAAUGUGGAUUUUUUAUGGGGAUAUCUGUUAAUUUUCAGGUUUUGAAAGACAUUAACCUCGGAAGUUGUUUUUAAGAAUUAUUCUCAUAAUUUCUGUAAUCCACCUCAAGCUUCAUAGUUAUUUGGCAUUGAAAUAACACCCAGAGCAUGAUAGAAAUGUUGUUACUCUUCCUCUCUCAAGGAGAAAGUAAUUUUCCUGCAAUACUUAAUAAUUGGCACCGUUGCUUUCUAAAGACUCCAUGGUGCAUUCAAGAGUAUCCAACUUCAAGGGAAUCUCCGCAUUUCAAUGAAAGGAGGAAGAGUGUGCUGAUAAACCUACCAGCACCUAUUGAGCAAUGUCUAUUAUAGUAAUUUUGCAUACAUUUUUAUUUAAGGGAAAAAAUAUAGGUAUUGUGAAAUAUUUUGCUAAUCUUAUAGAAAAGGAAAAAAUCCUGUUAUUUAAAGGGAAAAGUAAAUUUAACAGUUGCCUUUUUUCUUAAUGUCAGGGCAGAUCUUAUUUUACAGUACAGUGGGGGAAAUAGAAACAUGUGAAAGGCAAAAGGCAGGCUCCUAAAUUAAUGUCAGUGAAGUUCAGGGUGGGCAAAUGAGUGUGUGUGAGGUAUAGGAAAUGCUGAUGACUUCUUUAAUGCUUGAAGUCCGUUCAGAGGUAUCUAGCCCUAGAAAGCCUAGAACAGGAAGAGGCAGCUGGUGUUCUGCAAAACUUGGACAGGGGCAAAGUUGCUGAAAAAGUUUUGGUUUAACCCGAAGAUAAGUGGAAAAGAGCUUGUCCAUGAACCCAGGUUCUCACUCUGUUUACAGAAGGGUGUUGAGUACAGUUGGUGAAGGAAGAGGUAACAAAAAAUGCUAAAUAUUUUAUCCAUGAAAAUGACUUCCAGAAAAGGAAGAAUAUGAACCCCAGACCGAAGGGGAAAAGAUAGUUAAUAGUAUUAUCUAACCUGGUUGGUAUUUGUAAUGAAUGGUGAUUUUAAUUAGUCAUUAGCCAUAAUGAUGUUUAUUUACAGUAUAACUCCGGAAUGCUACUUAAAUAAACCAGGAUUCAAACUGCAAGCCAGCCAGGCCGUUCAUUAUUUAAAACGUUUUAAUCGGGGCUUCCGGGUAGAAGGUGGAGCGGCAGGGUGUAAUUGGGUUGAUGGGUGGGACCUGUUUUGACCAUCGGAGUUUUAUAAUCGAGGGCCAGGAGGGCCCGGGUUGCUCUCCUGGUUAUGUAUGUACUUGUACAUAACCACCUAAAGAAUGGUGAAAUAAAUGUUCUUGGAAAUUCCUA